UGCUUGUUUAAGUGGAGCACUUUAUUAAAUGAAACACAAUGCUUUCCUUUUCACUGCUGUCAGGUCGAAACAGAUUGAAUCUGCGUGCUUCAGCGGCACAGCAGCCUUCAUGGAAGUGCGAAUCCAGUCGGUGGUGGUCGAGUUCAUCCUCAACCAUGUGGAUGUUCUCUUCAGCACUAAACUCAGCUCACUUAUACGGGAGGGAGCAGGACACAACUCGUUGUCACGGCCGAAAUCCCUGCUGGUUUCAUCACCGUCAACUAAGCUUCUGAGUCUGGAGGAGGCCCAGGCCAGGACCCAGGCUCAGAUUAACUCUCCAGUCACUGAAGACAGCAAGUACAUCGAGGUGGGCGAGGGUCCGGCUGCGCUGCAGGGAAAGUUCCACACUGUCAUCGAGUUUCCAACUGAGAG